AUGAUUGCGCCCAAUUUGAUUUUGGGCAGCACGGAUUUUGGCGUCGUCAAGCAGAUCAGGACAGGCAGCACGACGAGCGGAUACACUGGCGUCUUUGCGCUUGGUCCGCAAGCGGGGCUCGACGGUCAGAUGAAGAGCGAUACAUUCAGCACGUGGAUGACCGGUGCGACUGAUGCAGGUAUUGUCCCACGAAAUGUCGUUACUAUCGACCUCGAUGAGCCUUCGCUGACUUUGGGCUACGUCAAUCUGGACAACGCUGUUGGGGAGCUUGUAUAUCUGCCCUGUCUCGAGGCGGAGAGUUGGCAAGUAAAGAUCGGCAUGCCGCAAAUCGGAUUCGAUGGGUCGAUGAUAGUCGACACAGGCGCCCCACUCUUCAUACUUACGCCGACGGCUAUGCAGAUGUUGAUGAAGUAUAUACCUGGUUCAAAGCUCGUGGAGGGAACCAGGAUUCUACUGGUCCCAGCUGACCAUCUGCCGAAGGAUCUGACGUUUAUGGCCCGUCUUUCAUCUUUGCUCGCGCUUCGCUGGGCUGAUGCAUUUUCGGGACAGUUUGGCAACCUAGAAUUUGUACUGCCAGGCAAAGAGCAGCUUCUAGGCGCGGCGACAAGACGGGAUUGGCACGGAUUCGUAUUCUCCAUCUUCCAGCAGAUUGCAGACAUGCCGGCCGGCGUUGAUGCGAUAAUGGGCAGCAAGAUCCUUCAGCACCUGAUCGUUGUGCUUGACGACGACAAUCAGCAGAUCGGCUUCGCCGCUCGCAAGAGAACGUGA